GGCCCGGGCUCUCGGCUCCAGGUGCGGGCUGCAGCGGGAGUCCUUCCGCUCUCCGUUCAGACCAGCAGGAAUGUGGAGACGGCAUUACGUCAGUUGUCCUGCCAGCGGCAAGAAAGCAGCCUCGGCCAGGCGCAGAUAGAUUAUUGUUUUCAGUGGAGACUUAACCAGGUUCGUGAUUUCCUUCCCGUAGCCUGUCCGAAGUUUGUUUUGUCUUGAGCGACUCGAGACGAGAUAGCGCCGUGCACAACACUGAAGCCUUGAUUUAGUAUGGAAAAUCAUCGUACGUCUAAUUAACGACGAGUCUCUCGCAGAGUAGAUGGAGGAAGCAGAAGGUACUGAUGGCUGUUACUGCGCUGGCUGUGGGGAGAAAAUCCAGGACUCUUUUCACAUGAAAGUACUUCAAGAUACCUGGCACAACGCCUGCUUUCAAUGCUCUGUGUGCUGUGACCACCUGACAAACUGGUACUAUGAGAAAGAUGGGAAGCUGUACUGUAGGAAGCAUUACUGGGAGAAAUUUGGAGAGCUGUGUCAUGGCUGCUCACUGCUUAUGACUGGUCCUGCCAUGGUAGCGGGAGAACACAAAUAUCACCCCGAGUGCUUCGUAUGCCUCAGCUGCAAAGUGAUCAUUGAAGACAGGGACACCUAUGCGUUAGUGGAGAGAUCCAAACUCUACUGUGGAAAGUGUUACAAAGAGGUUAUCCUAACUCCAAUGUUGGAAAAGCGUUCACAUGACUGCAUCCUAGAUGCACUGCCCCACACAGUGACUCUUAUCUCCAUGCCUUCUGCCGCCAAUGGGAAAAGGGGUUUCUCUGUAUCUGUGCAGCGUGACGUGAGUGGAGCCGCUAGUGUUCAAGUCAAAGAGGUUCGGGGUAUGCUUAUUAGCCCAGAGGUGAGGAAUGCCAUCCAUGUUGGAGACAGGAUCCUUGAAAUCAAUGGACUCCCAGUGGGAACCCUUAUGGAGGAGGAGGUGGAUGACCUCAUACACUGCACCAGUCACACACUGCAGUUGCUGAUUGAGUAUGAUCCUGUUCGACAGCGCUUGGACCGCCUCAGACUCGGCUCCCCACAAAGUCGCCUGGGGGUCCCGGCCACAUCCCGAAUGCGCCUGUCCUCUCCUUCAGGGGCGGUCCUGGAGAGAACUGAUGUAAUGGAUGAUGGGACACUGAAGAGGAGAUCUUUGAGACGGAGCAACAGCACAUGCAAAUCUCCAGGACCAAACUCGCCUAAAGACUUGUCUUUUAUUUCACGUGACAUUGGCCGCUCUGAGUCCUUAAGAUCUCCCAGUAGCUGCUCUCAUCGCAUCUUUAGACCAUGUGACCUCAUUCAUGGUGAAGUCUUAGGAAAAGGCUUUUUUGGACAAGCCAUCAAGGUAACACAUAAAGCAACUGGAGAAGUGAUGGUGAUGAAGGAGUUACUCCGGUGUGAUGAGGAAACACAGAAAACAUUCCUUAAAGAGGUCAAAGUAAUGCGGAGUCUGGAUCACCCACAUGUUUUAAGAUUUAUUGGUGUCCUGUAUAAAGAUAAAAGGCUGAAUUUAAUAACAGAGUUUAUCGAAGGAGGAACUCUGAAGGAUUUCAUCAGAGAUACGGAUCCAUUUCCAUGGGAGCAAAGAGUUAGCUUUGCAAAGAGCAUUGCAUCUGGAAUGGCUUACUUGCAUUCUAUGAAUAUCAUACAUAGAGACCUCAACUCUCACAACUGCCUAGUCAAACUGGAUAACACAGUGGUAGUUGCUGACUUUGGACUCUCUCGUCUUGUUGUGGAGGAAAAGGUCAAACCUCCACCUGAGAAAUCAUCCAACAAGAAAAGAGUGUUUCGACGCAUUGACAGAAAGAAGAGAUACACAGUGGUGGGAAACCCUUAUUGGAUGGCUCCAGAGAUGCUCAAUGGUAAACGCUAUGAUGAAAAGGUGGACAUUUUCUCUUAUGGAAUUGUUCUUUCUGAGAUUAUUGGCAGAGUCUAUGCAGACCCUGAGUGUCUCCCCAGGACUAUGGACUUUGGCCUCAAUGUUGUAAAGUUUGCUGAAAAGUUUCUUCCUGAUGACUGUCCUCCAUCUUUCUUUCCACUGGCUGUGGCCUGCUGUGACCUCACCCCAGACAGCAGACCACCUUUUCAGAAGUUGGAGGACUGGUUUGAAGCUCUCUCUCUAAACCUGGAGCUUGGGAUCCCCCUGCCUGCUGAACUCGAAGAACUGCAGCAUAGUCUCAGUCCACUGCUUUGUCCUGAAGACAGCUCUUCAAGUACAAGUCUGCCCAUAACACCCACAACAGCAUGUCCUGACUCCACAGAUUCUAUGGCAGACAGCUGCACUUAGUGACACUCUUCUUGUGUAGCCUCUGACCUUCUGAACCUUUGCUCUAUCGUGUGCUGGAGAAAAGACUUGAGCCAUUAAAAAAAAAAACUGGAUAACCCUGAAAAUGCUGGACCAAUGUACUCUGACAGUGCCUCUGUACUGCAGUGGAAACUAGAGGUGACUGUAUGGGCAGCACACAUUUCUAGUAGUGUUAGAUUUGGUUUGUUUUACCUCGGAUUCAUGUAUUGAUGUUUACAGAUUAUUAACCACUUGUUGUGCUCCUUGCUCUAUUCAAAGAUGUGUCUUAGUUGUAUGAGGCCUUUGUUGAGGUUUGAUAAGUCCCCAUGUGACUGUA